CGGCUAAGCUCUUCCCGUUGAGCUCCAUCUAUAUACAAACGAGCGUCCAGCAAACAGCUUCUCCUUGGAGAGACAAAAACUGACUGCCAUCCCUUCCUGUGAACCCCGUUCUCUUCCAAUUGUCACUGUCAAAUCGCCCAACAUGGCCUCUCCCCUCAAUGUGUUGAUGGUUGGUACUGGUGAGUACACCACCGGCUUUGUCGGCGGCGGCGCCUCUGGCUCGGACAAGAAGGUUGGUGUUGUUGGACUGUCAAUGUUCGAUCUUCGUCGGCGAGGCAAGGUCGGCAAGCUCGGCAUGGUUGGCGUCAAUGGCACAAAGUUCCCAGCAAUUCGGGAGCAUCUCAACAAGAACAUUACCCAAGUCUACAACAACCUCGACACCUCGUUUGAGUCCUUCCCUGCCGACAAUGCCAAAGACCCGGACUCCUACAAGGCCGCCAUCGACGCCCUCCAGCCCGGUGACGCCAUCACCAUCUUCACCCCCGACACCACCCACUACCCCAUCGCCCUGUACGCCAUUGAGCGCAAGAUCCAUGUCAUGAUCACCAAGCCAGCCGUCAAGGAGCUUGCGCACCACAUCGCCCUCCUCGAGGCCGCCGAGAAGCAUGGCGUGUACGUCUACAUUGAGCACCACAAGCGCUUCGACCCAGCCUACGCGGACGCCAAGCACCGGGCCAAGAAGCUGGGCGACUUCAACUACUUCUAUAGCUACAUGUCGCAACCGAAAAGCCAGCUGCAGACGUUCGCCGCCUGGGCCGGCAUCGACUCGGACAUCUCGUACUACCUAAACAGCCACCACGUCGACAUUUGCGACUCGAUGGUGUCCCAGCUGGGGUACGUGCCCGUCAAAGUGUCGGCUUCGGCCUCCACCGGCGUCGCCGUCAGCCUAGGGUGUCACGAGAAGACCGAGGACACCAUCAGCCUGCUUGUGCACUGGCAGAAGGAAGACGACCCAACCAAGCACGCCACGGGCGUGUACACGGCCUCGUGGACGGCGCCCCAGAAGGCCGGCGUGCACUCUAAUCAGUACUUCCACUACCUGGCGCAGGGCGGCGAGAUCCGCAUCGACCAGGCCAAGCGCGGGUACGACAUCGCGGAGGACUCGGCCGGCCAGUUGAUGUGGUACAACCCGUUUUAUAUGAAGUAUGCGCCCGACGAGGAUGGCAACUUUGCUGGGCAGUCUGGGUAUGGAUAUGUGUCGAUAGAAAAGUUUGUCGAUGGGUGUCGUGCUGUAAAUGCGGGUACGUUGACACCCAAGGAUUUGGAUGCCAAGGGACUGCCGACGCUGAGGAAUACCAUUGCUACUACGGCUAUCUUGGAGGCGGGGAGAAGGAGUAUAGAUGAGAAGAGGGAAGUGAAAAUUGAGAAGAAGGAUGGGCAAUGGAGGCUUGUUUGAUGAUACUUAGUUGUCGGCUAUUAGUUUUGGUCUUUUUUGCCUCAAUUUGACAAAACCAGUGUUGUGCAUUGACAUCCACAUAACUGGUCAUCAAAUCUUGCCCAUCGCAUUCAUAACAGAUAAUCAAACACAUGUGGCUUGGGGUAUAAAACUUGCA